GGUAUACCUUUAGCAGAUAUCAAACAUACUCAAUGUUAUUGUUGAUAUUCACCUGUGAUACUCUAAAAUAAUAAAUAAUACAUUCAAUUUAAUUAUCAUAAUACAGAAUCAUUGAGUUGAAAAUACAUCCUUUAAAUGUUUCGUAACUCAUAAGUCUAAACGUAAAGAACAUGAGUCAAAUUGUAAAUAACGAUACAAAAAUAAAAGAAGAAGAAUUAGACGAUCUCUAUAAUUGGCUUGAAGGUAUAAAAUUGUCCAAACCAAAAAAGAACUUGGCAAGAGAUUUUUCUGAUGGACUUUUGAUGGCUGAAUUAUUAAAACAUUAUUUUCCCCGCCAUGUCGAACUGCAUAACUACAUCCCUGCGAAUUCGUUUGCAAAUAAAUUAAAAAAUUGGAGCUGGUUAAAUGACAAGGUUCUAAAGCCAUUGGGCAUUGGUCAAGACAAAAAAGUGUUGAAGUCUAUUGCAUCCUGCGACCAAAAUAAAUUGGAAAAAGUUCUGAUUUCGGUCAAAGAUAAAGUAGACGAGUACGACCGUAUUAAGUCAAUAAGUGAAAAUAGCAGUUUUCAAUGUAAUUUUUUAGAUGACGAAAUCCCCGAGGCCGAAAUGAAGACAGCAGUAUCUGUUGAAGAGUUCAAUAUUUUAAGUGACAAGUUGAGAGAUAAAACUGAAGAAGUAUCAAUAUUAUCUUCUAAGGUGAAGCAUUUCGAAGCCAUGAUAAAAUUAAAGGACCAGAGAAUCGAAGAUUUAGUUGCACAGAUACAAAAAUGCACAUGUCAAAAAUUUUAAAUAGAUUUCAAUUUGUCACAUGAUAUGAAAUAUAACAGCAGUUACCAUAAGAAGCUCCAAAAUU